AUGCCGCAACCUCACAAGGAGAAAUUACAUGCCGCUUGUGAUGAAUGCCGGACGCGGAAGUUGAAGUGCUCGGGCGACAAGCCGUGUUGUGGAAGAUGUCGGAGGGAGGAGAUGGAGUGUGUGUACUCGCCAAGGAAGACCAUGGGGCGGCCGAGGAAGAGAAGGAGGGAAGAGGGGGACGAGCUGGACGAUGGAGCGGCAACUAUAGCUAUCCAGGAUGGUCACGAAAGCAUCGACGGCUUCACCGGCUUCGGACUUGUCGAUAUGCCGGAGUUUGCGCUGCACGCUGAGAACGAGGUGUACGCUCAAGACACGAGUCUGGCCGGCGUUGCCAUCUACGAACCCUUCGUCGACACGUCCCUAAUCGACCCCUCCCCAAUCGACACGUCCCUAAUCGACCCCUCCCCAAUCGACACGUCCCCAAUCGACCCCUCCCUCUGGGACGCCCAAGCAGCCCCCUCCACGCAACCCAGCUACGCAGCCGCCAUCCAAGCCACGCCGCCCUACCACGCAGCACUGGGCCCGUGCAUCUGCCUCUCACUCACAUACCUCACCCUAACAGAGCUACAAACCGUCCCGACGCUCUCCUUCCCACGCGUGCUCCAGCCCCUCCGCCACGCGAGCGGGACAAUAGCAACCGUCCUCCGCUGCCCGACAUGCCCACUCGACCGCUUCAGCGCAAUGCAAAACGUAUCCAGCAUCAGCGCGCUCUUCAAAGCACUCCUGGAGCGCUUCAGCAACGCGCUGCGCGAGAUAGACGCCGAGGCGGACCGUCUGCGGGCCGCGCGCGCCACGAAGCCGUUCCGCAUGGGCGACGGGAGCCCCGCGCUCGCGCACCUGCACACGGGUGCGCCCGAUUGCCCGCUGGGCUUCGAUGUCGCGCUUGAUCCGGAUGUGUGGCGCGCGCUUGUCAAGACUGCGCUUAGGGCGGAGGUCGACGGCGGCGGGAGUAAUCCAAUGCCGCUUGCGGUGCUGCUGGAGGAGGCAGAGGAGAGGCAGGGGAGGUGGCAUCGCGACGAGAGGUUUCUUGGGGGGGAGGGAAGGGGCGAGGAUGGGGGGAAGUGUGAGAGUUUGGGCGCGGAGCAUGUUAGGCGGGCGAUGGGCAUGUUGGACUGGUCGUGA